AUGCGUCCGUCCGCCCUGCUGCCUCUGCAGGCCCUGUGGGUGACCCUGUGCCCCGCCGUCGCCCACUUCCCGUCCUGGGGCCACUACGACCUGUGCAAGACACAGGUUCACUCGGACCAGGGCAUGAGCUGGGAUUACAUGGCGUGUCAGCCCGAGGCCGCGCUGCUCACCCGCUUCCUGAAGGUCAGCCUGGACCCCCCCGACAGCACGUGUGGAGACCCCCCCGAGAUGUUUUGCACGCUGGAGAACCCAUACAUGUGCAACAAUGAGUGUGAUGCUCACACCCCCGAGCUGGCCCACCCCCCCGAGCUGAUGCUGGAUGACGAGGGUCGCAUUCCUAACACCUUCUGGCAAAGCAUCUCCUGGAAGAGCUUCCCCAAGCCCCUGGUGGUCAACAUCACUCUGUCCUGGGGCAAGAGCAUUGAGCUGACCGAGGACAUUGUCAUCACUUUUGAGUCGGGCCGACCCGAGCAGAUGGUUCUGGAGAAGUCUCUGGACCACGGCCGGACAUGGCAGCCCUACCAGUUCUACGCGGCUGACUGCCUCAACUCCUUCGGGAUGGAACCACGGAGAGCGCAGGAUUUGAAGCCGGCCUCCGUGCUAGACAUCAUCUGCACGGAGGACUACUCCAGGGGCUACGUGUGGAAACUGGACAAGAUGGUGCGCUUCGAGAUCCAGGAACGCUUUGCCCUGUUCGGGGGCCCCCGUCUGCGGGACAUGGCCUCACUCUAUGGCCAGCUGGACACUACCAAGGAGCUGAGGGACUUCUUCACGCUGACCGACCUGCGGAUUAGGCUACUGAAGCCUGCCACUGGAACCACCAGUGUGGACCAGCACAACCUCUCCAAGUACUUCUAUGCCAUCUCCAAUCUGGACAUCCGUGGCCGCUGCAAGUGCAACCUUCACGCCAACAACUGCGUCGCCGAGAAGGGGAAGCUGAGCUGCGAGUGUGAACACAACACGACCGGGCCCGACUGCGGCAGGUGUAAGAAAGCGUUCCGAGGCCGGCCCUGGAGAGCGGGAUCCUACCUGCCCAUCCCCAAAGGCACGGCCAAUGUCUGUUUGAGCAGCUGUGUCGGACCGGUCGCCUGUCAAUGCCUCGGCCACUCGACACGCUGCAGUUACCUCCAGCUGCUCAACGCCGCCAUUUGCGUGGGCUGUAAGCACAACACUAGAGGGCGACACUGCCAGUUCUGCCGCCUGGGCUCGCACCGAAACCCCGCGGUGCCGCCGGAGCAUCACCACGUUUGCCUAGACUGUGACUGUCACCCCGACGGUUCGCUGCACCGCGGCUGCAACGACACGGGACAUUGUGAUUGUAAGGAGGGCGCCACGGGACCCAAGUGUGACCGCUGUCUGCCCGGAUAUCACUGGCACAGGGGUUGUCGAGCUGGCGUGUGCGAUAACUUGCUGAGGCGGUGCGAGAACGGAGGAGUGUGUCAGGACAACGGGAGGUGCCUCUGUCCCGCUCCGUACACCGGGCUCCUGUGUGAGAAAGGGCCGUGCGGGAAGGAAACGGGAGGGUGUUCGUCGCAGUCACCGCGGGACCCUCCCUUACACCGGGUGCUGCUAUCGCUGACUGCGCUGCUGACCGCCGCUAACGGGCGCCCGCCGCUCUGAGCGGCCUCUCGCCGGGAGGUGGCGAGAGCGCCAGGGAAUCCAGCGUUGACCGUGUCGCCGU